AUGAAGCGCAACCCCCGCGUCACGAGCUCCCGCCGGAAGUGCCGCAAGGCGCACUUCACGGCGCCGUCCUCCGUCCGCCGCGUGCUCAUGUCCGCGGCCCUCUCCUCUGAGCUCCGCCACAAAUACAAUGUCCGGUCCAUCCCCAUCCGCAAGGAUGACGAGGUGCAGGUCGUGCGCGGCACCUUCAAGGGCCGCGAGGGAAAGGUGGUGCAGGUCUACCGCCGCCGCUGGGUCAUCCACGUGGAGCGGAUCACCAGGGAGAAGGUCAAUGGAUCCACGGUGAACGUUGGCAUCCACCCCAGCAAGGUGAUCGUCACCAAGCUCAAGCUCGACAAGGACCGCAAGGCCCUCCUCGACCGCAAGGCUCGCGGCCGCGCUGCUGACAAGGCCAAGGGCAAGUUCACGGCCGAGGACGUCGCCGCCGCCGCUGGGGGUGCCACGGCCACCGGCGCCUCGCUCCAGGAGAUCGAUUAA